UGAAGGCACUGCAUCAUUAGGCCAACCUCACAGGUCGAAUUUUAAGGUCUUUGGAGUGGGAGUAGAUCAUCAGCUGGACAAAGCUUUGUUGAAGAAUGACGUCGAGGUGCCCCAGAUGCACAAAAAAUGUGUUUUUUGCUGAGAAAGUGAGCUCGCUGGGAAAGAACUGGCACCGGUUCUGCCUGAAAUGCAAACGCUGUAACAAGACCCUGUCGGCUGGCAACCACGCUGAGCAUGAUGGACUGCCCUACUGUCACAAACCAUGCUACGGAACUCUCUUUGGACCCAAAGGUGUGAACAUCGGAGGGGCAGGCUCCUACAUCUACGACACUCCUCAACCCACCUUCGACUGCCCCUCAGAGGGAUCCCCCACCACACCAUGGACCACCAUGCAGGUCACCUGGAACCAGCCCAAAGUUCUUCCCCCUCAGACCAGGACAUUUGCUGGAGAGACCUCACUCUGUCCUGGCUGCGGAAAAGUGGUCUAUUUUGCAGAGAAGGUGAUGUCCCUGGGUAGGAACUGGCACAGACCCUGCCUGCGCUGUGAGAGGUGUAAGAAGACACUGACCUCUGGUGGACAUGCUGAGCAUGAAGGGAUACCUUACUGCCACGUCCCUUGCUACGGCAUCCUAUAUGGACCAAAAGGAGUGAACAUCGGCAACGUGGGCUGUUACAUCUACGAGAAAGAAGGCAUGGCGCAAACUGAAAUACCCAGCCAGCCAGUCCUAGCCACACACUGAAAGUGAGAUGAAUAGCCAAUAGAAAACUCUGGUUAAUAGUCCUCGUUUGGGGUUUCGGUUUGAUUUGGGGUCAUAUCAGUGACUGAAAUUACUGAAUUGAGUGACUGAAGUGAUUCAUUGACUGAAUUGACAGGUAUUGCGAUGGAACCGACCACGCGCUCGCAGAUCAACAUGAGGUCAUGUUUCUUUAUUUGUUUUCAUGGUCACAGAAAUUAUAUCACACGGACUGGAUAUUUACAAAAAACGGACUGCAUUUUAUUCUAAUGUAUUAACGUAGUAAUGAUUAAGAAUAUUGAAAUCACUUUUACAACCUACUUAGCACACUGAUUCAUAAAAUAUGUAUUUAACAAUAGGCUCAUAUUCAAUAUUAAGGAUUGAUUGCAUACAUUUGCCAAUGGUAAUGGUGAGGAAUAAUGCAUAAAGAGUUAUGAUACAUUAUCAAAGAUAAUAUCUUGUUCCUCGUUUAUAUGAAACAGAAAGGGAGUCUUUUCUAAAUAAGAUAAUGUAAUAUUGGAAUUAAGUGUAAAUUAUAAUUUGUAUAUGACGAAUACAAUUCUAAUUAUUCUUCACACUUCAGGCUUUCUCUUUCUCUUGUAUCUUUUGUUCUCAUGUAUCUCGUUUCUCUUGUUUUAUAAGAUCAGUGCUAGGUUUUAAUGUUGUUUUUGAUGUGUAGCAAACACACUGAGUGUACAAAACAUUAAAGAACACCUUCCUAAUA